AUGGACGUGAAGUGGAAGAACAACAGAGACUUGCUCUGUAUUGUGGAGCAAGAGAGGCGGAGGAGGCAGGUGGCUCCAGAGGAGAAAGAUCCAUUCUUGGAGAAGACUCCCCUCUUUGCCAAGCCCUACAAGACAGAUAAAGAAGAUGAGCUGUCAAGGCGCAUCAAGAACUUGCUGGGUGACGAGGACUCCAAGGUUGUGGAAAAGCCGUCUUCUUCAGUGGCUCCUCCAAGAGCUCUCCAGUCCCAGCACAAGAGGGUGGCAGCAGCACAGCCCAGCAGCUCGGAGUCAGGGAGCACCAGUGAGUGCCACAGCUCCUCAGUGUCUGCACUUCCAAGAGCACCAGCACCUGAGCCCAUGGUGCACACUGCUGUGCAGUCCAUUGAAGGAAUAUUGAAGGAAAUGUGCAGCCCCCUGCCCCCUCUCCUGCCAUCCCUUCAGUCACCUGAGAGAACAGAGACUUCCAAAUUUCCUGUGCAGGCAAAGAUAAAGAAGCCCUCUGAUGUGCCAUCAAUUGAAGAAAUUUUCAGGGAAAUGAGCAGCUCACUGCCAGCUCUCCUGUCCCAUCUCCAGACGCCUCCAAGAGCAGGGACUUCCAAACUUCCAUUGGCAACAAAGGAAUCCCAUCCUGAUGGAUCUGCAGCACAGAAGCAGAAGCAGGCUGGCACAGCUUCAGAAACAUUGCUGAGUUCUCAGCCAAGAGCAUUAGCUCUCCAGUCCCAGCACAAGAAGGUGGCAGCAGCACAGCCCAGCAGCUCGGAGUCAGGGAGCACCAGGGAGUGCCACAGCUCCUCAGUGUGUGACAGAGAGAUCAGCUGCAGUGACAGUGAGGAGGACAACCUUCCAAGGGUGCUGGACCUGCCAGUGUGUGAGGUGAAUUCAGGGACCAUGGAGAGGCUGCUUCCACAGCCCCUUGCCUACUGCAGUGCCGUGUCUUAG